AUGCAAGAAAUCCAUCUUCUUUUUGCUGCCUCAAUCCUUGUAAAAUCUACAAAACAGUACCACUGUCCACCAAAAGUCUUGAUCUUCUCGUCGGCGGCGACUCGAUUUGUAUUUUCUUAUUGCAACGCUCUCUCAAGAAGAAGAAAGAUGAAUGCUUACAAAGCAUGUGCUCCAAUCGCAUGGAGUCCCAACCUCUACAUAACUCUAGUGAGGGGCAUUCCAGGAACACGAAAACUUCACAGGCGUACCUUAGAAGCAUUGCGUCUUGGGAAAUGCAACAGAACUGUCAUGCGAUGGAAUACUCCUACUCUCAGAGGAAUGCUUCAACAGGUUAAAAGAUUGGUUGUAAUCGAGACUGAAGAAAUGUUCAAAUCAACGCAAACAAGAGCAAGAAAAAGUGUGCAUUCGUCCACCUUUGAUUGUCACCGCCUUCCAACACCUGCAAGUGCUUGAAACUAUGCAUGAUAUGAAAGAGACUCCAUUGUUUCUUGAAGAUAUUAUUAUCAUUCUCCUUUCUCUAGUUAUUGAAAUAGCUCAUAAUGUACCAUUUUCAUGAUAUAUUUUUAGUAGAGAAUGGUUUCUU